AUGUCGAACGCGGGGACCACAGACCUAAAACAACUCGCCUUAGGAUUCAAAAUUGUCACCAACGCGUACAAGACUAGGGUUACGUCCCAGGAGGCAGAAAUCAGAUCUCUCAAGGGGCAGCUGACGGAAAAGCUGGAACAGCUCUCGUCGAUACAAAAAAAAUAUAGCAACCUAGAAGUUCAGCUAAUCGAAUCAACACAGAGAGGAAAUCAGUUGGCAGAUGAAAACAAGCAGUUGAUUACGACCAUUAAGAAGCUGAAUAGGGACAUUGACCGAUUGGAGAAUCUUAAAAAGGCCGUCCUCAAUUCUAUCCAGGAGGAACAUGACGUGGAGGAUGCCCAUAAAUACUACUCCGCGGACGACAUGCUGCAAACGACCGCGCCGAGAACCAUGCUCGAGAUUAAUGGCAAUGAGGACUCCUGCCAAACGUUAAUUAACAAAAUUGUUAAUUCGGACACGCACAAUAUUAUUAAUGGGAAUUUUAACUCUCCUUACAUGGGAGCGGGAUCGCCAGGCGAGAAGAACACAGACGGCAGGGCCUUCUUCCGCAACGCAAGGAGCAGACUGACGUACGAGCAGUUUAACCAGUUCCUGUCUAACAUCAAAAAGUUGAACAAUCACCAGCAGAAGAGAGAGGAGACGUUGAAAAAGGCGCAAGCGAUAUUUGGCGAGACGAACUCCGAUCUGUAUGAAGAAUUUAAAGUCCUCAUUUCGAAGCAUUCCUAGGGAAGAGUUUUUGUGUGGAGCGUUUCGUGCGUCCAACGUUUACCUUUCGAUCUCUCUCCUUUUCGCCGCUUUAUUUUUGUUUUUUUUCCCCCCAUUUGUUUCUUCCUCAUUUUUGUUUUGUGCCUCCCUCCCCCUCACUUGCCCCCUUCCCCCACUGAUUGCCGUAAAAUUUUCUUUAAGUUCCGCCUAAUUAUUUCUCCAACAAGGGGGCUAAAAUGGGAUACCUGUUCAGGUACGUCUUUGCCGCCGUGCACACCCAACUUUUUUGCCUUUAGGUA